GAGAGGGAGAACAAAUUCAAAAUGAUGCUUGGCAAGUUGGAGAUAUCUAUGCCUUUUGUGGAUGCUGUUACUCAAAUACCAUCAUACAAGAAAUUCUUGAAGGAUAUUUUGAGUAAUAAAAAGAAGCUGGAGAAGAGUGCAGUGAUAGAUCUUAGUGAGGGAGCAUUGGCAUGCGCUGCAAUACAAAAGAAUCUACCACCGAAGUUGAAGGAUCCUGGAAGUUUUGCUAUUCCAUGUAUCGUUGGAGGAUUUGUUGUGGGUCGUGCUCUAUGUGAUCUCGGAGUUAGUGUGAGCCUCAUGCCUUACUCCCUUUGCAAGAGGCUCAACCUUGGAGAGCCGAAACCCACUACCAUGACACUUCAAAUGGCGGAUCGCUCAAUAAAGCGCCCAGUGGGAGUAUUAGAAGACAUCCCAGUAAUGAUCGAUCAAUACUACAUCCCGGGAGAUUUUGUGAUUCUUGACAUUGAGGAAGAUGCCAAGGUACCCAUAAUCCUUGGUAGACCAUUUCUAGCCACAGCUGGGGCGAUCAUUGAUGUAAAAAGGGGGAAGCUUGUUAUGGAAGUGGCCGAUCACAAGAUUGAAUUUGAUAUAUUCAAAAUGGCCAAACACCAACCAACUUACAUUGAUGAAUGCAAUAUGGUGGAAAUUUGUGAGGUAAACCCUGGUGAAGUCUUGAAGAUUGACAAGGAGUAUUCGAUUGUUGAAGAACUUCUUGAGAAAUUUGGAAUCUGCACCCAAAAGGAGAUGGACACAUGCGAGCAAGGGAUUUUUGAUCAAGGUGGGGCUGGAGAAAGAAUUUUUGCUGCUCUUGACCCGCUAGGAGAGGAACAUGCACCAAAGGUAGAACUAAAACCUUUACCUCCUAGUCUAAGGUAUGUUUUUCUGGGCUCUAACUCCACUUAUCCUGUAAUUGUUAAUUCUUCUUUGCAUAGUGAUUAAAUUGAUAAGCUGCUUAAUGUGCUUAGAAAACAUAGGAGGGUAAUUGGUUAUACUAUUGGUGAUUUAAUUGGCAUUGAUCCUAAGUACUGCAUGCAUAGAAUUUAUUUAGAAGAGAAUGCCAAACCUACUGUUGAACCCCUUAGGAGAUUAAAUCCCAAUUUGAAGGAUGUAGUUAAGAAGGAAAUUUUGAAAUUUCUUGAGGCCGACAUUAUAUACCCUAUUUCGGACAGCAAGUGGGUGAGUCCCAUACAUGUUGUUCCGAAAAAGGGCGGUAUAACGGUCAUUGAAAAUGACAAUAAUGAGUUGAUUCCUACUAGACUUGUUACUGGUCAUAGAAUGUGCAUUGAUUACAGAAAA